ACAUGAUCAUCUUACAACUGCACGUUUGUUGGUAUCCCAUGGAGCUGAUAUAACUGUUCUAAACAAGCAAGACAGAGAACGUUUACAUUUACCAACUGAAUCCAUUUCAAAGUCAGGUCAAGAACAGAAUGAACCUCACAAGAGUGAAUGGCUCAAACUAGUGGCCAAGUCACUAACUGGUGAAGCUGUUGAAUUGACAGCAAAAUCAUCUGAUACUGUCGCCGCCUUGAAGAAGCAAUUGCAAACCAAGAAUGACCCAUCAUCAUGGGAUCAACUGCUUGUUUAUAAGAAGAAGCAACUACACGAUGAGCAAACAUUGGCUGAUGCAGGAGUAACUGAUGGAACAAUACUGAACGUCGUUCUUUGUCCUCGUGGUGUGACAGGCAUGGGAGCUGAUGCGGCUGAGUUAUUUGUUCGAGCUUUAUCACAAGGAAAAGUCGAAGUAAGUCGAGUGAAGAUUGUCAUUGCUGGUAGAGACAGAACGGGCAAGACGUCCUUUAAACGAUCUGUGCUCAAACUGAAGUUUCAGAUAAUUGAACCGAGCACACCUGUCGCAGUGGCAGAGUUGGCAGUGUGUGAAGCAUCAAACUGGAAGCUUUUGAGUGACAAGGACGAAGAAUUUUUAGACAAACAAAUAGCUAGAGCAGCAGUUCAUGUAUCGACUGUUUCAAGUGCAAAUGUGUCUGGUAGUCAAGAUGACAACAAAUAUGACAAUGACAAAACAGAUUAUGCAGAUCAUCACAGUGAGGUUGAGCUUGGCUUGUCAGUUGAUAGAGAAUCUACAUCAACUGAUACUAGAGAAAGCAGCAACAAUACAGACAAACUUGAUGAAGCAACAGUUCUAACUGGAGGGAUAGCUCGUGCUAUUACAGAUUUCCAAAGUGAUCCUGACCUCUUAAAGCAGGAAGAUUCAAAAGUUCACGUUGCCAUUUGGGAUUUGGGAGGUCAGGAGCCACUUCUUCCUGGUCAAGGAGAAGCCAUCACACCAGGAUGUGUCGUUUGUGUUGUAUUUAAUGCAUCCGAGUUUCUAGGUGACUCUGCCAAGUCUUUCUAUUGUCCUUCUGCUGACUCAAAACCAAUUCCAAUCGACAACCACUGGAUAGUGACAAACUAUGAUGCUGUGGCUUUAUGGGCAUCCAUGACUUUUUUGGCAGGAGAUGUCGAAAGUCUUGAAGGCCUUCUCUCUGGUCUUAACAUCGGCAAGUCAAAGGGAUGUGCAUCACCAGUAAUGUUGUUGAUUGGAACACACAUCAAUGAUGCCGAUGAAGAAAUGAUCAAGAAGCAGAAUGAAUUUCUGUCUAAAAUGUUUUGUAAUAAAGCAUUUCAGAAGCACAUCCUUCGACCAUCUAACCAGGCUAAUGAUUGGUUUUUUCGUGUGGAGAAUUCGGUGUCUGAUCCUGACAGUGCAAGUGAGGAUGCAGGCGUGAGUGCAGUGAAGCAAGUCAUUGAAGAGAUGGCACGUGAUGUAUCACCUAAGCCUCUGAUACCAGCCACUUGGUCAGUUCUAGAGAAGAUUCUUGAUUCUUUAGAAAUCAAGUUGGGCACUGCUCUUUCCAAUGUCAAUGUUAUCAUGCGUUUUGCCCGUCGAUUGUGUCGAAUGUCAGAAGAGAAAGAAGUUUGUCUUGCUCUAACAUAUUUAGAUGAAGCCGGAUCAGUAAUCUAUCCUCAGAAAAGUGAGAAGCUGAAGAACAUAGUCGUCACCAAACCAAGCUGGAUUUUCAAGGUUUUCUCAGUUGUGGCAUCUGUCACUACUUGGCCUCCUCCGUUACUGAUUGAAGAUUGGAAUCGAGUUCGGCAAGUAGGAAUUGCUUCUUGGGAACUCAUUGAUCAUCGUCUGAAAGAAGCAGGAGUGAAGCCAGCAGAGUAUGAAGAUGUACUCAAUUUGUUGAAUUUCUAUUUUAUUCUGUGCCCCAAUCCUCCACCUCUUCCUUUAUCAGUUUCUUAUAAAACAGAAUACUUUGUUCCAUGUUUGCUAGAAGUCGAGUCAAAAGGUCCAUUUGCAGCUGUUGAUUUGGUUGCUUCUCGGCCAAUGUCACUUAUCAUUUUGUCUCACAAAAUUGAGUUUAUUCCUGAGCAGUUGCAUUUUAGGCUGAUGACGUGUUGCAUUGAGAAAUAUCCUGAUGAGCCAAUGUUGACACGUAAUAAGUGUGUAUAUCGAGUUGAGAAAGAUGUCAAGUUGGAAGUGAUUUAUCACUUGAAGAAAUAUAUCAUUGUCACUAUUGACACACAACGGCCACUUCAUGAAAUUGCAUCUCUGUGUACAGACAUCCGUCUGUUUAUCACUAAAAAGCUGCAUGAAGUGAAGACACCAGGGUUGUCUCGUUUUCAGUUUUCAUUUAAUAUUCAACAUCCCGGACCAGCCAUUUGUGUGGAUGUAAACAAGUUGGUAUGUAUAGACAACUAUAUACCAAGUGAGGACACGACAUUGAGAAGAAACAAAAGCAGGGUCGAUGUCAAUCUGGAUCACAAUGAGAGAGCUGCAUUAGACUGUUGGUUUUAUGAAGAGAAAGAUGAUGUAGCACGGAAAACCCAAGAUGAGUCAAUGACAUUUAAGACAAACAGCAAAUGUACGGCUGAUGAUAUUGUGAAAGUAGCUGAGAAAGUUUCUCAUUCCUGGAAAAAGCUUGUGUUGACAUUGGCAGCUGAGUUUUUUAUGAACAAGACGAAGGUGAUAGAAAUAGAAAACAAAGAUGACUGCUACAUGCAAGCUGUAACAGCAUUGGAUAAGUGGACUAAUCAAUUUGGUGACGAGGCCAACCAGGCAGCAAUGAUCAAGGCUAUGUGUACCAUUGGGUGCAGGUCUCAGGCUGAAGAUGUUUUCAGUACCAGUUUGGUGGAACAUGUCUGCCCACACAAAUGACUGUGUUGUUCUUGACUUUACGCAGAAAUUUCUUUUAAAAUGAAUGGAACGUUAUUAACUGUUUUAUUUUAUUUAUUUCAUUAGCUGUUGUAUGGAACUAUUACCAGGUAGCUGUUUUACGUUAACAUAAACAUUAUUUCAGUCUUUGUUGAUUAGUAUUGUUGCCAGUUGACUAAAACCUGUUUAUUAAUAGUGAGCAGUAUUGGUGCCUAUAGAUACAUAUUUAAAUUAAGAAAUAAUAUUACACAAAUUGCU